AUGUUAUCCAUCAAAAUAGCAGAGGAGGAAUUGGGGUUGGAGAUAAUAAGGAAUGAUGGAAAUGACCGACCCUCUCAGAGCCCUCGUCAUCGUAUUAUCCAUUGUGGCAGAGACAAGUUUAAUCACUCAACGAAUCAAGACAAAAAUAUUGUUUCUCUCAUCUUCCAUGGAGGUGGGGACUUCUUGGACAAUGUUAGCUCGUCUUAUUGGAAGAGUUUUGAAAUACUCAGUCUACUUGACAUGGAAGAUUUUGGAGUGAAAACUUUAUCAGAAACUAUUAGCACAUUGAUGGAGUUAAGGUAUUUGGGAUUGAGAAACAAUUAUAUACAAGAGAUCCCACACUCGUUCGGGGGCUUGAAAAAGCUUGAGGUUUUCGAUAUUGCUCUAAACUUUUUGGUGGAGGUGCCGGAUAUCAUCAAGGAAAUGGUUAGCCUUAAUCAUCUUUACAUGUCUGAUGUGAUUUGCCCAAACCCUUUGAAAGUGGAUUUUUCACAGAAUCUUGAAACCCUAACCUACAUCUCGAUUAAUGAUUGGACGUAUGAGGUCAUAAGGUUGAAGUGGAUGAGUCGUCUCCGUAAAUUGGGCAUUGAAGAAAUUGAUGAAAACUCGGUUGUAAGCAAUCUCUUUCCAUCACUUUCUAAGUUGGAGAACUUUAGGCAUCUUACCUUGAGGGGGUUUCGUUUCAGAAGCAUGGCAUAUUUGGACGAGAUUGGUGUUCUAGAUAAUCUCUAUAAACUCCGACUGGAUGGACGCCUAGCUAGACUACCAAGGGCCCUCAAAUCUCUUAAAAAACUUUUGUACUUGGUUUUGGUAAAUACUUGUCUUGACGAAGACCCCAUGCAAUUAUUAAAGAAAUUGCGCUAUCUAAGAGGUCUCAAACUGCAGAAUGCAUACACUGGUUCACGAAUGGUGAUCGAGGAGGACAAACUUCAAUAUCUCGAGAUCCUGCGCAUCAAUGAGUUGUGGAAUAUGUCAUGUUUUACGGUUGGAAAAAGAGGAAUAUGCCGUCUAGAAGAACUAGAAAUCAAGAAUUGUCCACGCCUCGAGACCCUCCCAGAACAGAUUGGGUCGAUAUUUAAAAUGAGGAAGUUAAAGAUGGUAACAACUAAACGCAUUGCAACAAAGAUCAGAAAUUCGAGCUUCAUCUCCAAUACUACUAUAAUGGAAGUGGAUAUCAGUCCAUAA